CAUAAGUCAUGAGUUUCAGGUUUUUGUGGUUUUGAGUAAAUUGUUUACUAUGCGAAAAAGCGGUCGAGCAUCCACCAAACCAGAGCUGUUCCAAGUGUCAGUUGCCAAUGAGAAGCAGAGAGAACUACAGGCAAAACAAGCAGCUAAACAUGAACAAAGCUCGUCCAGCGAACAAAUUGCAGAUAAUGGUGGCCAGAAACUUCCUCCGGUAGAUGUGCGCUGCUUCAAAGAAACCAAUCCUGAAGCGAAGUGUAUUUUGUGCAAGAAAACUAAUGAGGAUGAGAUGUUGUGGGGUGAGCUGUUAUCCUGUUAUGACCCGGAAGAGAUGAAAAAGUUAGGGAUGGGACCAGAGCAGCUGAGCAGUAAAGCACAGAAAGGGAAUUCAGUGUAUGGCCAGUUGAGUGCGACUUCAGUUCACUAUGGGUGUCUGUUGAGUGCGUGUAAUCUGUGGCAAAAGGGAAACGAUACUCUGCAGCUAAAAGGAUUUCUAGUCUCGGAUGUGCGAAGUGAGAGCAGGAGGUGCAGUCGUGAAGUGUGUGUGUUCUGUGGACAGAAGGGGGCAGUGGUGGGAUGCUGUUUGAAGAAAUGCAAACGGAUGUUCCACUUCCCCUGUGCACUAGCCAGCGAUAAGUGCAUCACUGAGUUUUUUGGCUGCUACAACUCUUACUGCGACUUACAUUCUGAGCCACAGCAAAUUCCACCUCCGGAGGAGGAUGAGAUUUGCUCUUUCUGCGUGGAGCCACUCGUGGGAGAAGAGAGAAGACUUUUCUGUGCAGAGUGCUGUGGAAAUGUACUACAUACUUCAUGUCUCCGGCCUUAUGUCUACAAUGCAGGCAUGUACUACCUGAAGUGUCCCUUCUGUCAGAAUGUGAGGAGGUUCAAGGAGCUUGUGUCCAUGUAUUCUGGCAUCCACAUCCCUACCAGGGAGCCCACCUACGAGAACCAUGACCGAAUGGUAGUCGAGCUAGUCUGCUGCUACGAACACUGCCCGGACCCUGACUUGUGUCUGGACAAUGAGGACUGGCGUCUAAUCAAGUGCACGGUGUGUGGGAGUAGGGCGAUGCAUGUGAUGUGUGUGGCCAAGGCAUUCUCCCACUCCCGCUUCAUCUGUCCCGACUGUGGGGACAACGACGCCACAGAGGCGUGCUACAGACUACAAGUCAGGGUGGGGAGUGGAAGGACAGUGGGCAGGAUGUUCCCGUGGCAGUUCCUGGCCAUGAAACAACUCCUACACUCUGUUGUCAUAAACAAUAACAGCACACAGUCACAGCAGGCGGAAGAGGAGGGCAAAAUACUAAGAGCAACAGAGCAGAAAAACGGAGAGAAUCAAUCAAAGAGGAACAGCAGAAACAAACAGACGAAGAGGAAAAGCAAGAGAGAAUUUGAUAGAGAUGAGAUUGAGUUUGAGAAGAGGGGCACGAAAGAGUUGUUGGGGGAGGUGGAGGUCAGUUCAGACGAAGAUGACGAAGGGGAGGGGGACAAUGACAGACAGCAGCAGAGUAGGAUGAGUUCAGCUUCCCACUCUUCUCCAUUGGAUGUAUCUUACGACGAGGUACCCUCAGAUUCUGAAAGUGAGGAGGCAGCUAGACGAAAAAGUGAAGAAGUCACAAUUGACAAGACAGAAGAAACAGACUCCAGUAAAGCGAGUGGGAGAAAACGGAAGCGUAACAAGCAUGUUUUCUCGAAGCAACCCAAAGCCAAAAAGGUGGAACCACAAAGUCGUUCGAAGCAACAGAAUAAAAUUCCUGUCUCAAAGCUAAAAAGUGUGUCUAAAAAACAGAAAGAAGAGGUUAAAGUAAAUGCAAAAUCCGUUAGUAUAAAGAAGCCUGUUGAAGAGAAAGUUAGAGAUUCUAAAUCACAGAAAGCUGAAAAAUGGGACGUUGGUUCAAAACCAAGCAGUGUGUCCCCAUCAGAUGUCAGCAUCAGUUCGAAAGAGAACCACAAACCGGGAUCCUCAAAAGUCCUCAAAGUGACCAGGCAAUCUGAAUCUCCGAAAUCUUCCAAAGCCAUUAGUUUGGAUGAGUCUGAAACGGCGUCUAGCACCACGAAGCAGCAGUUUAGUGAGGGCUUGAGGAGAGGGAGGAGUAAGCAAGAGGCUAGAGAGUGUGAAGUGGUGGAUUUGCGAGAUUUGAUCUCAUCGCGAGAUAGUGACUCAGACUCAUCUGAUAUUGUCUGCCUGACCGAGUUCGUGAGAUUGGCUGAAAAUGAGUCGCCCAAAGGAGUAUUGGGGAAGGCGACUCUGUUCCAGCGACCAAUGAAAGACGAGCAGAACAUGCGCCAAGUGGUGGUCAGCAGGACCAGCAUGGAAUCCAAGUCAAUACAAACGAUUCCUGUCACAAUUACAGACAUUUCAACUGGCCAUAGCAAGUCACCGUUUAAGGGUGCGGAGAAGUUCCACUUCGAGAUGACCCCUGAGAGACGGAGCACAAGAGGGACAGUGUUGGCGCCCCUCUCCCUCCCAACCAACUUGCCACCCACAUCCGGGAGGUCUCCACUCUCACUCAGAGUACACAGUCUCGACAAAAACAAUGACAACGAGAGUGGGACAGUGUUGUACAGUAGUCGCUUAAGGAAGAGUCCCCGGCCGAGAGGAUUCGCUCUCAACUGCGAAAUAAACAGAAUAUCACCACAACAUCACACAUACUGAAGUGAAGUGACGCGAACAAUUCAGAAGUAGCGUGAAAUGAUUUCGAACAGCUGGGUUAAAACUUUUUCAAAACAAUUUUUUGUUGGACUGAGUGAUUGUGCACUCAAGUAGAAGAUUUAUUACAACCAGGCUGCAAUUUUGUACCUUUGAUUGGAAAAUCCCACAAAAACUUAAUUUACCGGAUUCACUUCGCAAUUGAAUGCAAAACGGAUCUAAUAGCCCUUCUUUAGUCCUUUUCCUAGAAAAAAAAUCGCAUCUUUUUGAUGAUGAUAAGGAUUUUAAUGGGAAUAUAUCAUGAUAGUGUUGUGAUUUGUGGUUAAUUGUAUUUUUGCUGUAGCUCUUUUUCUUCCCAAAAUGUUGGGAAGCACAAAGCAUUUGCUGUAUAAUGUUAAAAUGAAAUAAUUUAACUGCUGCAAUUAGGCUGUUAUUUGUGUAUUGAUUUUGCUCUGCAUUGUGCUUUAUUAGUAAUUGAACAAUUUUGUUGAA